GUAUACUCCAGUUGGUAAAUGUGACUGAUUAUGCCAACUGAACCAAACUGGUCUUGGAGAGGUAGGAGAGAUGACCUGCCGGGUUCCAAGGACCAUAAUUCAACUCAAGAAGGCUCAGAUCAAUACCAUGAUUCAGAUAUGCAGUCAUCGGGUCCUCGCAGUGUACCUCAUAAGAGGCAGUUUUUCCAGAAUGAUAGCUUCAGUUUCUGUGCAGACCUAGAUCGGGGUGACUCUCAUUCCAAUCCUAGAAUAGACCCAAGAAAUAGAUCUCAGAUGAUGAGGCGUAAUCCGCUGAAUCAACAGAACCCUACAAAAAUUUAUCUUCCUGGAAAUCACAUUAAUUCCAGGCACAGUGGACGUAAGAAUAGAACCACUCAUGAUCAGUCUCAUUCACACUCAUCUGUUUCUUCAAAUAACCAUUCUGAGUAUCCUGAUUCUCGAGUUGGUAAUUUUAAUGCAAAUGAAUCAAUGCUAAAACUGAGUAAAUCACGGCACAAUCAUGAAAGCAAGAACUUGCGUUAUAAUGCUUUUAGAGAUCCUUAUACGACAAGGCAUAAAUUCCCAAAAGACUCCUCUUCUUUCAAAGAGCAUGGGCGUAGUCCACAUAGAUGCUGUAUCCCAGGGGAAUUGCAAUCUGAUGAGGGUUCUUCCCAUUUUAAUUCAAAGGAAACUAGGCAUGCUUCUCAAUUAAGUGAGUCCAACUACUCCAGAGAAUCUGCAAGUAGCUCUAAAGUAGAUUCAUUUAAUCUUAAGUACAUUAGGAGCAAUUUGCACAGGGGUGGAAGUUGUGCAAGCAAGUGGAGGGACUCGAAGGGGAAUACAUCUAGAAGUAGUGAAUUCAGGUAUUAUCUUUAUUCUGAAGAGGCUUAUAAUAGUGAGUCUAGAUACAUCUUUCGUGAGAAUCCACGUAAUUCCAAUGGAUGGAGGCCUAAAAUUCAAGAUGAUGAAUUACACUAUAGGGAGUAUUUGAAUGAUAAUGCAUGUGACCAAUUCAAUAAUGGAAACCAAAGUGACAUCCAGCGCAACAAGUCCAAGUUUACAUCAGGCUCAUCCAGAUCUUUGAGACUCAAUUCACAUACAGGUCGACUCAAUUGCAGCAAGUCAAGGCUUAAUUCUCGUAAAAACCAAUUGGACCUAGUCAAAUCAAAUUUGAACCCAACGGCAGAAGCAUUUCAACCAAAGGAAUCAAGAUCCGAAACUCUAAUUCAAUCAUAUCCACCUAACAAUCCAGGUAAAGAAAAAAGUUUCCCACAGAAAUUUCAAACAAAAAAGGCUUUAAUCUGUGAUAAUCAGGAUGACAUAUCCCGAAGAUCCCGACUCACUGAGCAGCUAAAUCGUGGGACACUGGAGUGCCUUGUUUGUACAGAUUAUGUUCUCCAAGCAGACAGAGUUUGGAACUGCAUUGCCUGUUAUAAUACCUUCCACCUAAAAUGUAUCAUCAAGUGGUCAGACUCCUCUAAAAGUGAUGCAGGAUGGCGAUGUCCAGCAUGUCAAAACGUAACAGCAAAGAUACCACAAGAUUACAUGUGUUUCUGUGGCAAGGCAAAACUAUCCAGUGGAUGGAAUCGUGUUGAUAAUGCACAUAGCUGUGGAGAGAUCUGUGGACGUACACAAAAAGUGGAGCCCUUCUACAAACCAUGCAUUCACAGUUGUACCCUCCUUUGCCAUGCUGGACCUUGUCCAGCAUGUAUUGUCAUGGUAUCCAGAGAGUGCGGUUGUGGGAGGACUUCUCAGUCGGUGCAAUGCAACUCAAAGCUGGUGAUUACCUGUGAUAGUCUCUGCUCAAAACCUUUGAACUGCCUUAAACAUUUCUGCCAACAGCCAUGCCACUUUGGCGAGUGUCUGCCAUGCAAUGAAAAAUUUGAAGAAGCUUGCCACUGUGGCAAAGAAAUAAAAACGGUAAUCUGUGGAACAGUGCCCUUAAAUGAUGCACGUUUCAAUUGUGGCAAGCUAUGCAAUCGGAUGCUGCGCUGUGAAACCCAUAAAUGCAAAAAAGUUUGUCACGAGGGAGAAUGCGAGCUGUGUAAGUUCCUCCCAGACAAGGCAAAAACAUGUUGGUGUGGGAAAACAUCUUUAACACUAGAUCAACUUUGUUCAAGACAAUCUUGUGCAGAUCCUUUGCCAACCUGUGAUGCUAUCUGCGGAAAAAUUUUUUCCUGUGGCCCACCUCUCAAACACCACUCAUGUCAAGAAAAGUGUCAUGAGAAUUCAUGUCCCAUGUGCGUGCUUAAAACAUCUGUCAAAUGUUGUUGUGGGUCCAUGAGUAAGGAGAUCAAUUGCUCUCAAUUAAAAACCAAAGCAGCUAAAUUUCAAUGCACCAAGAGAUGUACAAAAAAACGGACUUGUGGAAGGCACAAAUGCAAUAAAAAUUGUUGCAUUGACACAGAGCACAUUUGUCCAUCUAUCUGCAAUCGUCGACUCACUUGUGGAUUACAUGUCUGUGAAAUGCUUUGUCAUCCGGGCAACUGCCUACCAUGCUCUAAUAUCAGUUUUGAGGAACUCUCCUGCCACUGUGGCCAAACUGUGUCACUUCCUCCCAUUCCUUGCGGAGCACGUCCUCCGAAGUGUAAUGGUCCCUGCCUGAGGGAACAUGAAUGCAAACAUGAACAGACUCACAACUGCCACUCAGGAACAACCUGUCCUCCGUGUCCGGCUCUAACAACUCGCAAAUGUUUUGGUGGUCAUGAGACUCGGAACACUAUUCCAUGCCACAUUAAGGAGUUUUCAUGUGGUUUGCCAUGCAACAAGCCAUUGCCAUGUAAAACGCACAAAUGCAUCCAACCAUGCCAUAAAGACCCCUGCUCCAAGAAAGGAAAAUCCUGCAGCCAGCCAUGCCCGAAACCUAGGGCUUUGUGCAGACAUCUUUGCGGGAAGGCUUGUCAUUCUGGCCCUUGCCCUGUUAGGCCGUGCAAAGAACUGGUUAAAGUCAGUUGUCAGUGUGGCCAUCGGACCUCUUCUGUAGCUUGUUUUGAAAACAAUGCUGAGUACGAGAAAAUCAUAUCCGCAGAGGCUGUCCGAAAAUCAUCAAACUUGCACUUUGGUGGAGUGGCCAUGGAAUUAAGCAAUUUAACUUAUGGAGUUGAUGCUAAAACAUUAACUAUAAAGAAGCUGGAGUGCAAUGGUGAAUGUGAGCUCUUAGAAAGAAAUCGAAAGCUUGCUUUGGGGCUUCAAAUUCGGAAUCCUGAUCUAAGUGCCAAACUAGUCCCGCGCUAUUCGGACUUUAUGAUGCAGUGGGCCAAGAGAGAUAUUCUGUUCUGUCAAUGUGUCCAUGAGAAAUUGGUUGACCUAGUUCAUUUAGCCAAACAGUCAAAGCAGAAAAGUAGGAGUUUCUCUUUCGAGGUUAUGAAUAGAGCCAAGAGGCAGUUUGUUCACGAAUACUGUGAACAUUUUGGUGUCGAGUCUGUAUCCUAUGACGCAGAGCCCAAAAGAAAUGUCGUCGCAACAGCAUCAAGAGACACCUCAUGGCUCCCAAGUUACAGUUUGAUGGAGGUCAUUCAGAGACAGAAUGGUGAACGAAAAAUUCAUGUCCCUGUUCAGAACUCAACGAAAAGUAACAGCACAGCUACAAGGAAAAAUGAAAUGCCAGUAAUGCAACCUUCGGCACCAGUAGAUCAACCGUCCUGCUGGACUUUACUUACCAAACCUCAACCCACUGAAUGUGCCUCAACUUCCCGAAAAUUCAAGAAGCCAGACUAUUUUAGUGAUAAUUUCUAAUUUUCUUUGACUUGUAAAAAUAUACAUUUUUCUUGCAAUUUUU